CGCCGUGUCGGCGGGCAUUGUGAUAGACAGGACAUGACGUGUGUCAGAGGAAAGAGGUGUGUGUGUGUGUCUGUCCAAGAGAGAAAGAACAGAGAGAGACACAGAACAGGAGAGACAGAGAAGACCGUCUAGAAAGGGACUUUUUUGGGGGCUGCUGUCUAAACCGUAGCCAAAACACCCCAUGAGGACUACAUGAGUCUGACAGCUGCGACACUGGCUCCUGCUGCCUCAGGAGAAGUCGUUCGCCUCUCCUUGUCUUCCUCUCGUUUUUCUGGGGACGCUCAUCCCAUGUAUUCAGAAGGCUACGGCUGCUUCUCCCCGCGACAUUCCAAAGUGCCAUGCGUUUGCUGGCCCUUCAUGCUCAAAGAAUAUGACAGACACCUAGCACACAACAAAGGCAUGGCGACGGCGGCGUACCUGGACCCUAACCUGAACCACGCGCUGGCCGCGGGCGCCAAGUCGCGCCUCAGCACGGGCACCGAGCGAGCCCCGGCGGCGCCCGACCGCGUCCUCAAGGUCUUCCACCACUUCGAGAACAACAGCGAGCACAGCACGUGGUCCAGCAACAUCAGGCAUGGAGACGGCACUGAUGUGCGGGGCAUCAUCCAGAAGAUUGUGGACAUCCACAAGGUGAAGUGUGUGACGUGCUUCGGGCUGCGCCUCAGCCAUGUGCAGUCGGGCGAGGUGCACUGGCUCCACCCGGACAUGGGCGUGUCCCACGUGAGGGAGAAGUACGAGCAGAACAGGCCUCAGGACGAGUGGAGGUAUGAGUUACGGAUUCGCUACCUGCCAAAGGGAUACCUGAAUCAGUUCACUGAAGACAAGCCCACACUCAACUACUUCUAUCAGCAAGUGAGGAAUGACUACAUGGUGGAGUUUGCCGAUCAGGUCGAGCAAGACAUUGCACUUAAGCUUGGAUGCCUCGAGAUUCGGAGGUUCUUCAGAGAAAUGAGGGGAAACGCCCUGGACAAGAAAUCAAACUAUGAACUAUUAGAGAAAGACGUGGGCCUCAGAAGAUUCUUUCCCAAGAGUUUGCUGGAUUCCGUGAAGGCCAAGGCACUGCGCAAACUGAUCCAGCAGACCUUCAAGCAGUUUGCCAACAUGAACGACGAGCAGAGCAUCCUCAAGUUCUUUGAGAUCCUGGCACCGGUCUACAGAUUUGAUAAAGAGUGUUUCAAAUGUGCUCUCGGGUCGAGCUGGGUGAUCUCUGUGGAGCUCGCCAUUGGGCCAGAGGAAGGAAUCAGCUACCUGACCGACAAAGGCUCAACGCCAACACAUCUUGCCAACUUCACGCAGGUGCAGAGCAUCCACUACUCGUGCCUGGACGACAAGGAGCGCAAAGGCAUGCUGCAACUCAACGUGGCUGGAGCCCCUGAGCCUCUCACAGUGACCACGCCGUCCUUCCCCAUAGCGGAGAACAUGGCCGACCUGAUAGACGGCUACUGUCGGCUGGUCAACGGCACCGCGCAGUCCGCCAUCGUCCGGCCCCAGAAAGAGGGUGAGAGAGCGCUUCCAUCAAUACCCAAGGUCGCCAACAACGAGAAGCGGAUCGAGGCGGUCCGAACUGGGGUGCGGGCCAUCUCUGUGUCAGAGGAUUGUAGUGGGGAUGAAACGGACGACUAUGCGGAGAUCAUAGACGAGGAGGAUACCUACACCAUGCCCUCCACCCGAGACUAUGAGAUCCAGAGGGACCGGAUCGAGCUGGGCCGCUGUAUCGGAGAGGGCCAGUUUGGAGACGUCCAUCAGGGGGUGUACUCCAGCACGGAGAAUCCCACAGGAGAAUCGGUGGCCAUUAAGACCUGCAAGAACUGCACCUCUGACAGCGUCCGUGAGAAGUUCCUACAGGAAGCCUUGACCAUGAGACAGUUUGACCAUCCCAACAUCGUGAAACUGAUCGGAGUCAUCACAGAAAACCCUGUUUGGAUCAUCAUGGAGCUGUGCACUAUGGGAGAGCUGAGGUCUUUCCUACAAGUCAGGAAGUACAACCUGGACCUGGCCACGCUAAUACUCUUUGCGCAUCAGCUAAGCACAGCACUUGCCUAUCUGGAGAGCAAGCGGUUUGUGCACAGGGACAUUGCUGCCAGAAAUGUUCUUGUGUCUUCCACCGACUGUGUGAAACUGGGGGACUUUGGGCUCUCUAGAUACAUGGAGGACAGCUCCUACUACAAAGCUUCCAAAGGGAAACUGCCCAUCAAAUGGAUGGCCCCAGAGUCCAUCAACUUCAGGCGAUUCACCUCUGCAAGUGACGUGUGGAUGUUUGGUGUGUGCAUGUGGGAGAUCCUCAUGUACGGCAUCAAGCCCUUCCAGGGCGUGAAGAACAACGACGUGAUUGGGCGCAUCGAGAACGGCGAGCGGCUGGCCAUGCCGCCCAACUGCCCUCCGACCCUCUACAGCCUGAUGACCAAGUGCUGGGCCUACGACCCCAGCAAGAGGCCCCGCUUCACCGAGCUCAAGACCCAGCUCAGCACCAUCCUGGAGGAGGAGAAGGCCCAGCAGGAGGAGAGGAUGAGGAUGGAGAUGAGGAGGCAGGUCACCGUCUCCUGGGACUCGGGAGGCUCCGACGAGGCUCCCCCUAAACCCAGUAGACCUGGUUAUCCCAGUCCCCGCUCCAGUGAGGGCUUCUACCCCAGCCCCCAGCACGCUGGCCAGCUCAACCAUUAUCAGGUCUCUGGCUACCCCACGCCGCACAGCAGCAUGUCCUCCAUGCCCAGUGGGGGCUACCCCGCUCAGGCCUCCGUCCUGGACCCCCACGACUCCUGGAACCACCACCGGCCACAGGACGUCCCCAUGUGGUCCCCCAACGUAGAGGACGGAGGGGCUCUGGACAUGCGGGGGCUUAGCCAGGCGCUGCCCCCCCACCUGAUGGAGGAGCGUCUGAUGAUGCAGCAGCAGCAGAUGGAGGAGGACCAGCGCUGGCUGGAGCAGGAGGAGAGCUUCUUGAAGCCGGAAUCCAGGAACUCGAGGGGCAGCUUUGACCGCGAGGAUGGCAGUCUCCAGGGCCCUACGGGAAACCAGCACAUAUACCAGCCCGUGGGGAAGCCAGAGCAUGCAGCUCCCCCCAAGAAGCCUCCUCGGCCUGGGGCUCCCGGCAUGGGCAGCCUGGCCAGCCUCAACCCCACCGACAGCUACAACGAAGGAGUCAAGAUACAGCCUCAGGAGAUCAGUCCGCCACCCACAGCAAACCUGGACCGCUCCAACGACAAGGUGUACGAGAACGUGACGGGCCUGGUGAAGGCCGUCAUCGAGAUGUCGAGUAAAAUCCAGCCGGCUCCGCCCGAGGAGUAUGUACCCAUGGUGAAGGAAGUGGGUCUGGCCCUGAGGACCCUACUGGCCACUGUGGAUGAAACUAUUCCCAUCUUACCCUCCAGCACACACAGAGAGAUCGAGAUGGCCCAGAAGUUGUUGAACUCUGACCUGGGCGAGCUGAUCAACAAGAUGCGCCUCGCCCAGCAGUACGUGCUCACCAGCCUGCAGCAGGACUACAAGAAGCAGAUGCUGACGGCCGCGCACGCGCUGGCCGUGGACGCCAAGAACCUCCUGGACGUCAUCGACCAGGCCCGGCUCAAGAUGCUCGCCCAGUCCCGACCGCACUAGCCAAGCCGAGCCGAGCCCGCCAGCUUCCCCGCGAGGGGGCCUAACGAGGUGUUUUCUCAGCAGGGGGAGGAAGGGAAAGGGGUCCCGAGCAGGACAGCACCAGAGACAAACACCCUGCUGCGACGUCGGGGGUGGCUUUAGGAGUGGAGCACUGGAGCUUUUCAAGUGCAAGGACUUUCAGUGCAAAGAAAGGACAGGACUUUGCCCAUUUCUCAUUCCGCUCCCUUUUGUUUGUUUGUUUGUUUGUUUGUUUGUUUUGAACACUUGGACUCCUGAGCUGCUUCUCCAUGCACACAACUGCUGGAGAUCCACAGCCAAACGCAAAUGAACUUGUCGUUUUUACUCUUUUUCUUCUGCCUCGUCUUUGUUCGUGAUGAUUCUUUUUUUGUUUGUUCAAAUUCCAUUUGUUAUCCUGAGGUGAUUUUUAUUGCAGUUGGAAGCGAGUCACCCUUCCUUCCUCCCCAUCAGUGCAAAAAUUCUAGCUGGAAAGCAGCGUUAACUGGAACCCAUGAAGGAACUCUUUCUUUUUUGUUUUUUCCAUUGCUGUCGAGUUCUGGGCAGUCCCAAAGUUUGACACUUUUGUUGUAUCUAUUCAGACACAUUUCUUUUUUUUUUUUUUUUAAAUGACCAAUAGUAUCUCAGCCUAUAUGCUAGUCCCUGCAUUCUGGAUUUAAAAGUAUCUAUUUUGGAGGCUCACUAUUUCAAUGCUCUUAUCCCCCUGUUGUAUAGGCUCAGGGGUAACCUCAACAAUGUAUGGGAAUACGUAUUUCCUUACUGAACAAAUAUCACACCACUUUUAAGUUAACUAAUAAGAGUAUACAAAUAAAUAUAUUUUUAAGCAGCCAGAAGUUCUGAGGUGAACGUCGUUGUCAACUAUUAGCCUAUUACCUUUUUGUUGGAUGGGCCCCUUAAGGAGACGGGUCUGUGCGGCGAGUGGAUGGUUCAAGUUUCGGGACGGAGAUGAAGAAACCCUGAACACAUCACUGCAUGAAGGGCCCAGGCAGUGGCCAAGAAAAGAAGAGCACAUCACUGCAAGAACCAGAUUCUUAAUUUGCAAAUUCCCUCCCGAUAAAAGCAUUUUACUUGACGUAUAUUUAAGCCAUGUUUCAUAUUUGACAAACCUUUUUGUUACUUCCCUUGACAAGAGGGUGGUUGAAGAUGUUUGGUUCACUCUCGUUCCCACAUGUACAGUACAAUCUAUUAAUGAGAUCACUAGUCGUUUUGGGUAUAAAUUAUUCUCAGGAAGAAUUGACUGUACAGCUUCUUUAACUAAUAAAAAAUGUGUUAUCGUUA